GGUAGCACGCAGUUCCCAAGGCUUGGUCUGGAAGGUGACAAGGGCGUGAGGCACCGUGUUUAAACUCCAGUCCGGUCGCCCCGUCGGCAGUCAAGCGGGGCACCUCGCCUCUCUCACACGUCAGUCCAGAGGCAGCUUCACCUGGAAUAACACCUACGUCGCCUCUCCUUGUAAGAAAGUGUUCGUUCUUCAGCCAGUAUCGGUCGCGAUGCAGAAUUGGACGGCGGCGCUGCUCCUUGUGACGGGGUUCGCAGUUUCAAUCCUCGCUCGACCGCAGUUCGGAAAUUUCGGAAGCUUUCGGCGAGGGAGUUCCGGAGCAGGAUACGGAGGCGCUAAUGUCGGUUCAUAUAUUGGAGAUGGAUACGGCUUUGGCUACGGCAGCUCUGCUAACGGUGGAUAUGGCUAUGGCUACGGUGUUUCAACAUCAAACAAACCAGGAGUUGCAGGCGGUUAUGGCUACGGCAGAUCUAAACGAAAUCCACAAGAAGCACCUUCAGCAUCGAACAAACCCGGAUCUGGCUUACAUGGCUCUACGUCAAACAAACCUGGAUUUGGCUUAGAUAUUUCGACGUCAAACAAACCUGGUUUUGGCUCAGAUGUCUCGACGUCAAAUAAACCUGGUUUUGGCUCAGAUGUCUCGACGUCUAAUAAACCUGGUUUUGGCUCAGAUGUCUCGACGUCAAACAAACCUGGUUUUGGCUCAGAUGUCUCGACGUCAAACAAACCUGGUUUUGGCUCAGAUGUCUCGACGUCAAACAAACCUGGUUUUGGCUUAGACGGUUCAACAUCAAACAAACCUGGUUUUGGCUUAGACGGUUCAACAUCAAACAAACCUGGUUUUGGCUUAGACGGUUCAACAUCAAACAAACCUGGUUUUGGCUUAGACGGUUCAACAUCAAACAAACCUGGUUUUGGCUUAGACGGUUCAACAUCAAACAAACCCGGCCCCGGCUUAAGUGGGUCCACAUCUAACAAACCCGGCUCUGAUUCAAGCAUUUCGUCAUCGAAUAAGCCUGACUCUGGAUCUAGUAUUUCGCUGUCUAACAAGCCAAGACAUGAUGCAGACUCCAAAUCUGGAGUUUGUGAUAUCUGUAGCAGUGGCUCGGGGGUCCAAGUCGGGGGGAGUGGGGGUGCCGCAGGAGGUGCUGGUGAUGGAGGUUCAUGGGGAGGACAAGUGGGAGGCAGUGGAGGAGCCACAGGAGGUGCUGGUGAUGGAGGCGAAUGGGGAGGACAAGUGGGAGGCAACGGAGGAGCCACAGGAGGUGCUGGUGAUGGAGGCUCAUGGGGAGGACAAGUUGGAGGCAGUGGAGGAGCCACAGGAGGAGCCGGUGAUGGAGGCUCAUGGGGAGGACAAGUGGGAGGCAACGGAGGAGCCACAGGAGGUGCUGGUGAUGGAGGCUCAUCGGGAGGACAAGUUGGAGGCAGUGGAGGAGCCACAGGAGGAGCCGGUGAUGGAGGCUCAUGGGGAGGACAAGUGGGAGGCAGCGGAGGAGCCACAGGAGGUGCUGGUGAUGGGGGCUCAUCGGGAGGACAAUUUGGGGGCAGUGGAGGAGCCAUAGGAGGUGCUGGUGAUGGAGAUUCAUGGGGAGGACAAGUCGGGGGCAGUGGAGGAGCCACAGGAGGAGCCGGUGAUGGGGGCUCAUCGGGAGGACAAGUGGGAGGCAGUGGAGGAGCCACAGGAGGUGCUGGUGAUGGGGGCUCAUCGGGAGGACAAGUGGGAGGCAGUGGAGGAGCCACAGGAGGUGCAGGCAGUGGAAAUUCAGGAGGUUCUUGGUCAGGCAGUGGUUCCUGGGCAGGUUCAGGCGGGGGAUCAUGGGGCGGCAGCGGUUCCUGGAGUGGUUCAGCAGGAGGGUCGUGGAGCGGCAGUGGGGGAGCAGGAGGAGGAGGAGGAGGAGGAGAAGGCGCAGUUGAGACGACUACGACGACAUCCCGCCCCACCAUUCCGUCGGUCACACCCGUGUUGAUUUAAGUAUUCACUAACCAAACACCAGCGCGAGAUCCUCCUGUUCAUGCGUUGGAAGGCCAUUUCUACGGGAUGGCGUCUUGCAGUGUUAAUUUUGCCCUGUUUAUUUAUGUGAUUUUGUACUGACUUCCGGGUAAUAAGUUAAAGUAUAUAUUGAUGUUGGUAUUUAACUCCAUGUUUGUUCAUUUUCAUUUAUCUGAAUUAGGGUAAGUCUGUUUUUAUUUUUAGACGUUUAUAAAUGCAAAUGCCUUGAAUGUGCAGUGUCAAUAUCCUUGUAAGGUAGAUCAUGCCUCUUGGUUUAGAUUAAACUAUUUACAACACAUUGCAUGAAAUCAAGUUUGGUGAUGGUAAGAAUUUGUUAAACUUAUGAAUUCAAACACAUGUUAGAGAAAUAAGGAACACAUUUUUUUUCGUUAAAGGAAUGUAUUUAUUUUUACAUUACAACCAAUGAAAGAAGUAAAGAAUUACUUUGUAUUUAAAUAACCUUGCUGACACUGUAUAUUGGCCUCUGGUGUACAAUCCAUGUUUCAAGAAUAAUAAUCAAAUAAACUAC